UCGUUGCGAUAGUUGAUUAACAAUUUAGUUGGCAAAACUUAAAGGUUACACUCAUCGAAAGACAAUCGAACAGCUGUAAAAUCAAAUCCUGCCAUCUGGUAAUUCAUGAUUUAAUUAUUAAGUAAAUAUUGACCACAAUUUUUAUUCACACAUGGAAAUCAACGAUAAAAAUCCGGUCUUUUUUGAAACGGUUGUUCCAUUUGUCGACAUCGUUUCAGAUGGUUUGAUUGAUACAGAACAAUUUCUUGAAGCUUCGAAAUGCAUAGUCAAAUUUGUCGACAUGUUUGGCAUUGCUUUUAAACCAGUCAAAAAUGAUAUAGAUGGCAACAUUAAUAAGCUAAUGAACAUAUUUGAUAAGGAUAGAUCCAUGUUUAAGCAUUUGAAUUCGAUAGUGAAAUUUGAGAAAGAAACUCUUAAAGAUGAAGAUCUACAUGUUGGCACGGAUGCAUUGACAUGGCUGAAUCGCGCACUGAUUUACAAUCAAAUUUUCCUUUCAUUAUUUUUAGAGGAUUACAAACAAGCUGACGAUGGUGAAAGCUUACAAAACUUAUCCGAAGAUCUGACUAAACAUUUUGAUUCAGCUUAUGAGCUAACAUUGAAGAAAUACCAUGGAUGGUUAGUAAGAAAGAUAUUCAGCUGCUGUCUUAUGGCCAUCCCGAAUAGAACCGAUCUUCUGAAAUAUCUUGGAUAUCUAAAUUUGAACUUGUCAUCGAUCGAGUUACGACAAGUUAUCAUCAAAUCUAUUGAUAAUUAUCUCAAACAUUUAAAAUUAAACACUGAAGCCGUUUCUAUAUUAUUAUUGGCUCACGGAUUUCAACCUUGAUCAUUUAGACACUGUUAAUUAAUUGUUUUAUUUAAUUAUAUUUAAAAAGAUAUUUUAUUCUACAAUUAUUA